CGCGCGAGGCGCCCGCGGAAGGUGGUGGACAGAUGCGCCGAAGCUCUGCCGCAGCCUGCGUGUGGGUGUGCGUGUUCCUCCGCUGCCCUGCGUCUGACAUAAGCGUUGCGCGUGAUGCUGCUCUGAGAGCGUUCCAGUCCUCGCCCUCGCCCUCGUUCGGUCCAGCGACGCUCCUACGACGCAUCGGACGCAUCCAAUCGCCAUGGCAGCGAACGCACUCGAGGAGAAGAUUAAUAAGAUAAGGCAACAGAACGAGGAAAUUAGAAGGCGGCACGAGGAAGUGGAGGAGGAUAAGAAGAACGCGGCCAAACUGAACGCGCUGGUGCAAAUGGUACCGUCUACGGAUUGGCCGGAGAGGAAGGAGCCGCCGGAAUUCUCUAAUCCACCUAGAACGGGUAACAAGACGAAACCUGCCAAGGAACACCACGAGCAUUCUCAGCAAUACCAGCCUGCGAGUGGCGAAGGCCGGAAAGGCCAUGCGUUUGCUCAGGGACAAGGGCCUCCACCUGAUCCUAAGUACAACUUCCUUGCCGAUGCUGAGAGAGAGGAAGGCGAAAGAGAGAGCACGAAGGACAACUCGAGUAGAGGGCAAAAGUAUUCGAGGGGCAUGUUUAGGAGGAAACCUGGGGCGAAGGACGGCAUGCAAAGAGAUUAUAGAAUGAGCAGAGGGUCACACAGGGAUGAGCAUCAGCCAGAGUACGAAGCCUGGAGAGCCGAGAGAAACCGUAUCGAUGAGGAUCGCAUUAGCAGACAGAGAACUGCGGAGGGUAAUUGGCGUAGAGAAUGGGAUAAUGACAAGGCACACAUUGUGGACGAGGUGGCGAGAUCUGAGGGUAAAUUAGGGGAUUAUGUAAAAAAGGACUAUAAAGACUUUGAUAGAAGAUACCACGUUAAUGGAAAUGAUUAUGCAAGCCAUAAUCGCGGCGGUCAUCGUUCCUAUCGGGGAAAUUCGCGACAUUUUCAUAAUAAUUAUGAAAACUCUUCCAACAUGUAUCACCAGGAUGGACACGUGAAGAACCUUUCCGGCUCCGAGAAGAGAACUGUUGUCGCUACCGACAAAAACAUAAAGGUCACGCUGAAUCAAGGAAAAGGUCCAGUCAUGAGUGUUAAAGUAAAUUCGCCAAGUAUCGCUGGAACGGGACGAGUCGGGCCGCGACAGAGGAGCCGUGUAACGUACAGCAGUCAUUCAGACGUUGAAGUAACUUCCCCCGAUACCGAGUCCUUUUCACGCCCAAAGUCGUUUGAAGACAGAAAAGGCGUUUAUCAUGAAAAUCUGCACAAAUCCUCUAAUUCGCGAAAGUCGCAGCUGCCACCGAAAAAGAAGGACUUCAGCAACAAGUCUCCUUACUUUCGUAAGAAAGAAAUUAAAAGGGAAGACGAGAACGUACAACAGUAUCACGAAACGGAAUCACCGCAAACAGAAAAUAUGGAGUCGCAAAAGUCUCAUCAAUCUAAGCCUGAAGAGGCUGAAGAGAACAUUGUAGAGCCAUUACAAGAUGAUAAAAUUCUGAUGAUUGAGAACGAGAAACAGAGCAAUAUAAUUUCUUCUGGAGAGUCUAAUAUGAAUAAUAUAGAAAUAAAAAUUGAGGAUAAUCAGAAUGGCAAUUUGAAUUUACAUAUAAAUGAAAAGAAUGAGGUUCAUGCAGACAGAGAAGAUGAGCCCAUUUUGCCAGAUUUAGAUUUACCUGUGUCUGAGAUUGACACAGAGAUUGAAAUGUGUAGAAACAAUGGAGAUUCGCAAGACAAACUGGAUGAGUUGCCAAAUGUUGAAGCAAUUGUGACAUCCGAGUGCGAAACUACUGAAACAAAUUUAACUACAGCAGUAAAAGAUGAUGAAAAUGAGACUAAACGUGUCGAACACUCAUGUGAUGCUAAUAAAGAUACCAAGGAAACGGUAAUAAAAACUGAAGAUCAUAAGUCAGAGGAAACUAAAGAAAUCUUAAGCGAUAACUGUGAUAAUAAACAAACUAAAGAUAUGAGUGAGCAAGAAAAUGAUGUUAAGCACGAAACGGAAAGUUCUCCAGAAGAAAAAGAAGUGGACAGUGUUGUGAUUCCAUCUCCAAUUGAUGUGUAUUAUAUAGCAGAAGAAAAUGAUAACCUGAGAAGCGAAAAUGAAGCAUUAAAGGAGAAAAGAGAUUUGACCACAGAAGAUAAAACUGCUAUUACAGAUGAAAAGGUUAACACUGGUAAUAAACAGGAUGUAACAAAAUGCAUAGAUGAAACUCAAGAACGCACAGAUAAUAAUGACAGAGAGAAUAGUGUUUCAGAUAGCAUUGUAGUUGAUAAGAUAGAAUCUCUAAAAGAGGAUUUACACGUAGAAGAAGAAAAGGCAGCUUCGAGUGACCAAAACUGAAAACUAAAAGGAGGAAGUGCGAAGUAAAAAUGUAUGAAAUGUUACGAUGUAACUGUAAGUUACCGAUAGAUAACGUCGAUAGAAGACAAAGCUUUUAUAAAUAUUUGUUGAAAUGCGUGAUAUAUAUUUCAAAAGUUAAUUUUUAUGGCAAUAUACGAGUUGAGAAAAUCAAGUUAUUCGAAUAGUUCCCAACGAAUUCUUAUUUUUGGAACAAGCAUUCGAGAAUGUUACGUGGAUGACUGCAAGUUCGUAAAGUGAUAAUACAUCGCAGUUCUAUUUUUGUUCAAGAAUUAUUUAUAUAUAUAUAUAUAUAUAUAUAUAUACACAUAUAUAUGUUAUAUAUAUAUACACAUACGUAUAUACUUUGUUAUAUUACGCGUUUAAUUUUAUUUUUCUGAUUCUCUUAAGAUUGCUCUAAAUUUUGAGUACUAUAUAAAUGCUAUAUAUAUAUGUAUUUAUGUCUAUGCUAUAUAUAAAUAUACAGCAUAGAUAUAUAUAAAUAUAGAUAUAUUAUGCACAAUUUUAUGUUAACAGAAAUAUAGCGCUUUUAUAACAAUAGAAAAAAAAUAGCAAAUAACAGUUGCUGUAUAUGACAUCUCCGAAUUUUUAUAUGAAAUAUAAGAAUAAUUCAUCCGAAAGAAAACUUCACUCCUGUUCGAAUGACAAUCAAAGAAUAUUUUGGCACAAGCAAUAAAACAAACUGGUUUCAGAUCAAGAACAGUUGUGAAAUUAACAAAUUCUAACUAGAUUUAAUGAUGAUUAUAACUAAUAUUAGAGCAAAAGCAACUUUUACUGAUCGACAACGUUGUUUGAAUUUAUAGGUUUAUAGAUAUUUAUUUAUAUAUUGCAUUAAUAUUUGUUUUUUUAUCUUUGUCUCUUUUGUUGCUUGUAUAAUUCGUUGAAAGACUAUCAGAUAACUCCUGGAGGCUCGUGCGACUGAAAAUCAUAUCUCAUAAUUGAUCGAAUUGAAUUUUCCGAAGGAAUAAAGUCCUGUAGAAUAUACACACAUAUUAUUAAUUUUUUUAUACUUCGUAUAUCAUAUUAGAGAUAGUAACUAGACUCGCGUCGAAAACGACGAUAAUUCAUAAGUGAAAAUUCUAGAUUUUCUCAAGAGCACUUCUGUCGAAAACCUAACUCUGUUGAUCAGUGACAAACUUUUCAUUUUCUUUGUUAGAAAAAGUGACGUUGCCAUAUCCACAUUAUUUUGGGACUUCAAGCCUCCAUAAUUCUGUUUUAUUUUCAGUCAUAGCAUUUCUGAGAUUAUUCUAAUGUGAAAAAUAAUAAAGCAUUGUUAAUAAAUCUAAUUAUAUAUAUA